AGAAACAUGGCUGCGCCUGCUGGUGCCGCUGAAUCGUCAGGCGCCAGCCCGCCGGGGUUCGAAGGUUUCCCCUUCCCGGUGAGCAGCAGACCACAGGAGGACAGCUCCGGUAAAGGGCAUGAACAAUCCGGGGAUGCAAGGAAGAAGCCAUGUAGAGCCUGUACGGAUUUUAAAUCGUGGGUGAAGCUACAGAAACGGCAGGAUGCUGAUGCUGCUCAGGAAACUCGUCCUGCAGAAAAUGUGAGACCAGAUCCCCAGUGUCCACUGGAGAGGGAUGAGUUGGGCAGAUGCACCUGGUCCUUUCUGCACACCAUGGCCGCGUAUUACCCAGACCGUCCGUCUUCCAGCCAGCAGCAGGACAUGGGGCAGUUCAUCAACCUGUUCUCCAGGUUCUUCCCUUGUGAAGAAUGUGCAGAAGAUCUCAGAGACCGAUUAAAAACCAAACAGCCGGACACGAGCAGCCGCUACGCUCUGUCUCAGUGGUUCUGCCAUCUUCACAACGACAUCAACGUCCGGCUGGGAAAACCCGAGUUUGAUUGUUCACGUGUGGAUGAGAGGUGGAGAGAUGGAUGGAAAGAUGGAACCUGUGACUAAGUGUUUGUAUUAAAAGUUAUGUCACUAAGAGUUUAUUUAAUAAGUAUGAUCGCAAAAUAAAAAGGAAUUAAAUGAA